AUGGCUUUCAAAUACUGCAUGCUGUUUGCUUUGGUGGCCGCUGCCAGCGCUGCUGUGCUUCCUGUAGCCGUUAAACACAUCGAAUACCCGGACACUCUUGCCGAAUACCAUUUCGAGUACUCCGUGCACGAUGACCAUACCGGAGAUAUCAAAAGCCAGCACGAAGAACGUCACGGUGAUAACGUUGUCGGACAGUACACGCUGAUCGACGCUGAUGGAUACCGCCGAGUGGUCGAAUACACCGCCGAUGAGCACAACGGAUUCAAUGCUGUCGUUCGUCGUGAACCUGUGAAGACCGCCAUCCCGAUCGCCAAGGUCAUUGCUCCAGUUGCCAAGGUAUACGCCGCCCCGAUCGCCAAGGUCGCUCUCCCGGUCGCGAAGGUUGCGUAUCCGUCCUACCAUUACUAA